CGUUCGGUGGGUUCAUGAUGUAGAUUUAGUCUCUAGUUAGCUUUCGGCUGAGCCAGACUUUUUUCCUUUGCCCCAAGCCAGCCAUUAUGCAGCGAUUAUCACGCCCUCUUCGUACGGCCUCCAAGCUGUUCAGACACAACACCCGAUCCAUCACUUCAAUCCACUCAAUCCCCUACAUCCCCGUCCCCGGCCCAUCUCUCGCCUAUGAAUCCUCCCACCUCGGCACCGUCAACCGCACCCUCCAAAAUGAAGGUAUUCUGCACAUGCAACUCGCCUUUCCCGACGACGAGAGUAGCUACAUUCAAGACCUUCUCUUAAAUCUCCACAAAACCCACGCCCACGGCCUCCCACUCACCCAUUCCGCCAACCGCGGCUGGAUGUGGGAUAUCCGUCCCUCUCCGGAUUCCUUCCAGAGUAAUAACCACCAAGCGCGCUCCGAGACAACGGAAGAGUUUCCCUGGCAUACAGAUUGCAGCUACGAAGCUGAGCCGCCCAGAUUCUUCGCACUGCAGGUUCUCCAACCAGAUCUGUGUGGUGGAGGCACAUUGUCCGUGCUGAAUGUUGAUAAACUGUUGACGCUGCUGUCCCCGUUUGCGAGGGAGUGGCUGUUUACACCAAACUAUCGCAUCACCGUUCCACCAGAAUUUAUCAAGUUGCAAGGUGACACGGAGAUCGUGGGCAAUCUGCUCACGGUUAACCCUAAUAGCAAUGCGACGCAACUCCGGUUUCGGGAGGAUAUUGUCACCCCGUUGUGUGAGGAGGCGGCCAAGGCGUUGGCGGAGCUGAAGAGCGUUUUGCUGGGACCUGCGGCGAAAGAGCAGAUUAUGAAUCUCACGCCGGAGAUGUUGCCGCGGGGAUCGAUUAUCCUCAUGGACAAUGGGCGGUGGUUGCACGCGAGAAAUGAGGUCAAGGAUCCCAAUCGACAUUUGCGACGGGUACGUUGGGAUGCACGACAAUUUUCUAAUCAGCCGUGUGUGUGAUUUUAUUUUCCUAUAUGGUUCUUGAAAUAAUAAGUCGUCAUUGAUCGCAUUUACUAUGUGUUUUGUGGUGUCCCG